GUGCGUUCGUGUUUUCCCGAUGACCAUUAGCCUUGCAAUACCGCUGUAAGGUGGCGCCCGUGAGACGUGUCUGGUUCCUGCCGUCAAAGAGGAAGACCAACGAAGAAGAAAAAGGCGGAAGUUACCCUCUCACCGACACCACGACAAGAAGCAACCAAUAAAGUAAACCACGUAAAACCGUAGCGAGUGACAAUAUUAAAAAUAAACAAAUACAACUCCGUCAAAAUGCUGAAAGAUUUGGUGAGGGAGCGACUGAUGGCAGCCGCCGAUGAGAUCUUGGAAAUGUUUGAACGGACGAUCGCGUCGUACGAGGAGCAACUUUGCCGGGUGAGAGACGAGAGCGAGCGACAGCGACGACAAUUGGAAACUGUUUGCACGCCUCCAGAUGUGGCGCAACGACAAGAAGAAGAGGACCCCCAGGUACCCCACGUUAAAGAGGAAGCUCAGGAGCCGGACGCCAGAGCGUCACCUCUGACCGUGCUGGUGGUGGUGAAGAGCGAAGAUGACCACGGCGAGCCGGCAGCGGCGGCCAAAGACCGCCACGCAUGCUCCGUUUGUGGCAAAAGCUUUUCUCACAAGUGCAACUUGUCCACCCACAUGAAGACACACAGCGGAGAGAAACCUUUCUGCUGCUCCGUCUGCGGGAAAAGCUUCUCCCAAAAGUCACACAUGAUCUCGCACGGCAGGACGCACACGGGGGUGAAACCCUUCAACUGCUCACUUUGCGGGAAAGGUUUCUCGCAGAAAGUGCACAUGGAGUCACAUAUGACCACGCACACGGGAGAAAAACCAUUCGCUUGCUCUGUGUGCGGCGAUCGCUUCGCGCUCAAGUCAGUCAUGGUGUCACACACCCGCAUACACACAGAGGAGAAAUGCUACGCUUGCUCCGUGUGUGGGAAAAGGUUCCCUCAAAGGGUGCACAUGGAGUCCCACAUGAGGACUCACACCGGAGAAAAACCCUUCGCUUGCUCCCUCUGCGCGAAACGCUUCACCUGCAAGGGCAGUUUGAACGUGCACAUGCGCACGCACACGGGAGAAAAACCUUUCACCUGCUCGCUUUGCGGAAAGCGCUUCCCGUACAGGAACAGUUUAAAUGCGCACGUGAAGUCGCACAGCAGGGAGGCCGUGUUGGCCUGCCCCGUUUGCGGCAUGACCUUCGCUCAAAAGAGAACGCUGACGGCACACGUGCGCUCGCACGGCGGCCCAGACUAAACCUCAGUCCUCUGGAUGGAAAAGCCCGUCUGGCCCCACGUCGGCUAAGGAUGGAACCUGCAACCUUCAAGUUGGGAGACCAGCUGAGCCACGUCACCCUGGAGGAGAGUUGGCAUUGAAAUGUUUGUAAAUUAAGUUCAAAAGAAAACAUGCUCAUCAUUUUUAAAUGAUGUUGUUGACCUUUCUGGGGGGGGGGGGAAUCAUGUGACUGCUGUAUGAAACGUAACGCGCUCAUGUCACGGGUAGACGUGAUGCAAUUCUGACAGGAACUCUGUCAGCUGUUGAUUUUCAAAUAGAAGCUUCACGCACUUGUUUAGAUUUCACUCUGCGGAUUACCAACGCUCAUAGUUAGAUUAGACCAGACAAGGGUUGAGUCAACGCUGUAUUUAUAACAUGCAAAAGCAACACUGUAAAUGUCACACGAGUCAAGUUGCUGUCGAGUGAAAUAUUUGUAGCUUCUUCGUACCCCACCCAAAUGUUCGCGGGAAUAUGUUUUGACGCUUGUAUCGCCUGCAGUAGCGAGGUUUGUCCAGCAGAGAGCAGAAAUCGUUUGAGACAGAGGAAGUGACGCAGGGUGGCGGGAGAAGACGAGUCGAAAAUUCAAAAUGGCGCUUUUCGAUCCACAGUCAACCCGAGUAGGUGGUUUUCCCCCUUUUUUAUUCAAAC